UUUAACCUGAGGAACUGUCUAGUGUCGCUGCGCUAGUAGAUCCAUCGCAGCCGUAGUUCUUGGCAUGUUUUUAGAGCAACGACGCGAUUUUCCCCACACUGGAACACAACGACACAACACCAGACACUGUCGCCAAGAAAACCUACGUUUGAGGAUGCCGCAGCCGUUUUGGGAAUAGACUUACAGGAACAACAACGGUUCAAAGUGUUUGCCCAGUGCUCUCCGGUCGGCAAGAAUAGCUCUGCUGUUUCCACAUCGCACCACAUCCAUGUUCACUGCGGCAGCUUUCUCUCUGGGUCCUGAGCUUAACACGCUACAACCCCUUUGUUCGUCUGUGGAAAAUAUCCGGGCAAAGUGUUGCGACCUGUGGAAGGACUGUCGUAUGUUCCAGUGUACAUCCCUUUUUUAGUCCGUGGGAUUGUUUACGCAUUAAAAUGGCUGCUCAAAUGGCAUUUGGGAGAGAAUGGUAUUGAAUCAAUGCAGUAACAUUAGAUUACCUAGCAGGGGCCAGGCAACCAAUGAGCUACAUAUGCUAACAAAUGAUGUUUUAACUAGUCACCGAAUGAGCUAACUUGAAUAGCUUUAAUCGAUGGUUGGCUUUUUAGGUAGGUUCUUCCAACAAGAGGUAGGGUGAAGGGAAUUCCUCCCACUCCAAAUCUAUGCAUGCGGUUAACCAAGCAGCUUUUGUAAACACUUUAGCUAACAUUGCGAUUUCUUAGCCAUUUUCUCUAAAGCUUUGUAAGCAGGCUUAGCUAAGCCCUCCAUUUAAGUAUGCACAUCACUCAACGAAUAUGCAGGACUUCUUUGUUGUAAUUAAAACAUCCUGAAUAUCCGAGGCUUUCUCCCGGAGUAGACCAAGGAUCAAGGCCCCGGUCUUUGGGGGAGAAGGGAAAAAAAAUGGAUCCUGGGGGGAAUUGUAAAGCUGAACUCUCUCUUUUUGGACCCAAACUGGCCAUCCACAGCGAUUUGAGAGGUAUCAGCAGAUACUUGGUGGUCUACGUUUUGUUUUACUUUGUACUGGUCACACACGCAUCCCCGGCGAAAGCGUGUGAAAAGAGCUGCCUCUCUGGAAAAUGUAUCAACGGAUCCUGCGUCUGCGACCGGGGAUGGGUAGGAGACCAGUGCCAGCACUGCCAGGGGAGGUUCAAGUUGACAGAACCCUCGGGAUACCUCACUGAUGGUCCAGUCAACUACAAGUACAAAACCAAGUGCACCUGGCUCAUAGAGGGCUAUCCAAAUGCGGUUCUUCGCUUAAGAUUCAAUCACUUUGCCACAGAAUGUAGCUGGGACCACAUGUAUGUCUAUGACGGAGAUUCGAUAUAUGCUCCUCUAGUUGCUGUUUUCAGCGGUCUCAUUGUGCCCGAGAUACGAGGUAAUGAGACGGUUCCUGAGGUUGAGACGACUUCAGGCUACGCACUACUACACUUUUUCAGUGACGCUGCCUAUAACCUAACAGGAUUUGAAAUAUUUUACUCGAUCAACUCUUGUCCCAAUAACUGCUCCGGCCACGGGAAAUGCACACCUGGGAACUCAGCUGCCAGCAGAGUGUACUGUGAAUGCGACAAGUACUGGAAAGGAGAGGCCUGUGACAUCCCUUAUUGCAGAAACAACUGCGGCAGCCCCGACCACGGCUACUGCGACCUCACAGGGGAGAAGCUUUGUGUCUGCAAUGACAGCUGGCAAGGCCCGGACUGCUCGCUAACUGUACCGUCAACAGAAUCUUUCUGGGUCCUCCCCAGCGUCAAGCCCUUCGGCACAUCACUUGCCAGAGCUUCACAUAAGGCUGUGGUGCAAGAAAAGGUCAUGUGGGUGGUGGGGGGAUACACUUUCAACUACAGCUCAUUCCAGAUGAUUCUUAACUACAACCUCGAGAGUGGCAUUUGGAACACAGUUCCCAUCAAUAGUGGCCCUGUGCCAAGAUAUGGCCACUCACUUGCUGCCUGCCAGGAUGAUAUCUACAUGUUUGGUGGAAAACUGGAAGCUGGCUGGGGAAACGUGACUGACGAGCUGUGGGUGUUCAGUGUACCCAAUCGGACGUGGCAGCGGAGAAACCCUGUGGUUGGCCCACCGGCCCAAGCUCAGAUAUAUGCUGUGGAAGGACACUCAGCCCACUGUGUUCUGCUGGACAGUGGCGAGACUAUCAUGCUUGUCAUCUUUGGCUACUCCCCCAUCUACAGUUAUAUCAGCAAUGUUCAGGAGUACAACCUGAGGUCCAAUACAUGGUUGGUACCUGAGACUAAAGGUGCCAUUCCUCAGGGAGGCUAUGGCCACAGCAGCACGUAUGACAGCGGGAGUGGCAGCAUCUACGUUCACGGUGGCUAUAAAGCACUCCCCGCCAACAAAUACGGCCUCGUCGAUGACCUCUACCGAUAUGACGUAAACACGCGGACGUGGUUCAUUCUGAGAGAAAGCAGCUUUCCACGGUACUUGCAUUCAGCUGUGCUCCUCAGUGGGACUCUGCUCGUUUUUGGAGGCAACACGCACAAUGACACAUCACUCAGCAAUGGGGCCAAAUGCUUCUCAGCCGACUUCCUCGCCUACGACAUCGCCUGUGAUGAGUGGAGGCUCCUGCCCAAGCCGGACCUGCACAGGGAUGUCAACCGCUUUGGUCACUCUGCUGUGGUUAGCAAUGGGUCCAUGUACGUGUUUGGGGGUUUUUCCAGUGUGCUGCUGAAUGACGUGCUUGUUUACCGACCUCCUAGCUGCCAGGCCUUCUUGGCAGAGGACGGGUGCGUGAAAGCUGGCCCAGGGGUCCGUUGCAUCUGGAGCAGAGGCCGCUGUCUCCCCUGGGAAGUUAGAAUGGCUAAUGGCAGCCUGACUCCUGCCCCAUUUUGCCCCCCUAAAGCUGUCACAAUGGAUGAGUGGUGCUACAGGUUCUCAGAUUGUGCCAGCUGUACAGCAAACACCAAGGGGUGCCAGUGGUGCGAUGAUAAGAAAUGCAUCUCUGCCUCUAGCAACUGUACCUCUAACGUGAAGAACUUCACUGAAUGUCCUGUGCGCAAUGAGCAGGUGUGCAGCAAGCUUGCCAACUGCAAGAGCUGCUCAUUGAAUCUCAACUGUCACUGGGAUCAGAAUCACUCGCAGUGCCACGCUUUGCCUGCUCAACAGUGCAGUGAGGGUUGGAGCCAAGUGGGUGAUGCCUGUUUGAGGAUCAACUCCAGUCACGAGAGCUACGACAACGCUCAGCAUUACUGCAAGAACCUCAAUGGCAACAUCGCUUCACUGACCACUUCCAAACAAGUGGACUUUGUGCUUGAGGAGCUCAAGAAGCUCCAGCAACAAGAGAAGAGGCUGUCUCCCUGGGUGGGCCUGAGGAAGAUCAAUGUGUCAUACUGGGGUUGGGAAGAUAUGUCUCCCUUCACUAACAGCAGUCUGCGCUGGCUGCCCGGUGAGCCCAGUGACUCUGGUUUCUGUGCCUACCUGGAGGAGCCUCAGGUGUCGGGCCUGAAGGCCAAUCCAUGCACUUCUACUGCCCAUGGGCUCAUCUGUGAAAAGGCAACUGGAAACCCCAAUCAGAGUACUCAUCCAUCUUGUAAGAAGCCUUGCUCGCUGCACACCAACUGUGCCAACUGUACCAGCCAGGCCAUGGAGUGUAUGUGGUGUGGCAGUGUGCAGCGCUGCGUCGACUCCACUGCAUACGUCAUCUCUUUUCCCUAUGGCCAGUGCCUGGAGUGGCAGACUAGUGAUUGUGUGGCCCAGAAUUGUUCUGGCCUGCGGACAUGUUCUCAGUGCUUGGAGCAACCUGAGUGUGGCUGGUGUGGAGAUCCCACCAGCACAGGAAAGGGCUUGUGCAUAGAGGGCUCAUACCGGGGUCCCAUGAAGAGACUGGGGAAGCAGGGCCACCAGGGCCCAUCACACGACAUGAGCCUGGAGCCUGGCAUCUGCCCCAAAGACAAAGGCUACGAGUGGGCCUUCAUUCACUGCCCCGCGUGCCAGUGUAACGGCCACAGCACAUGUGUUAAUGGCAGCGUUUGUGAGCAGUGCCGUAACCUCACCACUGGUCCUCACUGCGAGACCUGCAUGCCUGGUUACCAUGGAGACCCGACCAAUGGUGGCAAAUGCCAGGCCUGCAAGUGUAAUGGUCACGCAAGUGUGUGUCAGGUGUUAACUGGCAAGUGUUUCUGCACCACCAAGGGGAUCAAAGGAGACCAGUGCCAGCUAUGUGACUCAGAAAACCGUUACCUUGGCAAUCCACUCAGAGGAACCUGUUACUACAAUCUCCUGAUUGACUACCAGUUCACCUUCAGUCUCAUCCAGGAGGAUGAUAAUCACUACACUGCCAUAAACUUUAUGGCCUCACCUGAGCAGGCAAACAAGAACUUGGAAAUGUCCAUUAAUGCAUCCAACAACUUCAACCUUAACAUCACGUGGUCGGUGGGCUCAACAGCUGGAACCAUCUCUGGAGAGGAGGUGCCCAUCGUGUCCAAAACAAACAUCAAGGAAUACAGAGACAGUUUCUCAUGUGAGAAGUUCACCUUUAGAAGCAACCCUAACAUUACUUUUUAUGUCUACGUCAGUAACUUCUCAUGGCCCAUCAAGAUCCAGAUUGCCUUCUCCCAGCACAACAGUAUUAUGGACCUUGUCCAGUUCUUUGUUACAUUUUUCAGUUGCUUUCUGUCACUACUCCUGGUGGCAGCGGUGGUGUGGAAGAUCAAACAGACCUGCUGGGCGUCUCGACGAAGAGAACAACUGAUGAGAGAGCGUCAGCAGAUGGCCAGUCGUCCUUUUGCCUCAGUUGAUGUUUCAUUGGAAGCCAGAGGAGAAGUAACAGAAGUAUUGCAGCCUGUGCUUGAUGGUGCACCUAAACCUGUUGCAAUGGAGCCAUGUUCAGGAGGAAAAGCGGCUGUGAUGACUGUCCUCAUGCGCCUGCCCUCUGGGCCGUCAGGCUUACCUCCACCAGGACAGUCAGGACUCAUUGUAGCCAGUGCACUGAUAGACGUUUCACAGCAGAAACCGUCAGAUUUUAAGGACAAGUCCUUGGCCAUAAAGAACCGAAAAGCCCUUCCUCCAGCACACCAAGGGACCUGCGUCUGAGUCUCAACAGCUCUGUCCACUGGGUCCCGUUUUACACCAUCCGACGUCAUAUUGUUCCAACAUGUCGCAGAUCCCAGCUGGAAGCCUUUCCAGAGACAUGGCAUGACUACAUGUUACAAGAUUUCACUUGGCUGCUACCAGAGAAAUUUCCAUGUUCCAAGAGCACAACCCGUGUUACCUUUCCUGCCCCUUUUUCACUCUAUUCUGCAUAUGUCAACCUCAGAAAUCCUUCUCCUGGAUUCUGGACUCUCCCUUUAGCUCGGGCAGCCAAUGGUGUGGGUUAAGCGGACAUCUGCCUGUUCAGUGGCUACUACGGACAAAUGAGGAGAUUCUGAAACUGUUGAAGCUUCGGUCAUGAAGACUUUGACACCAUCAAUUUGCUCAGCAUGAGGAAUAGCAAAGGUGUCUGUACAUUAGAUUGAAUCAAAGUGAACUAAUUUCACUUGCACCUUUUUGGAAACACAACAGAUGAUUGAAAAUGGCUGGUAGAGAUCCAGUGCAUUAUGCCUAUAGGAUUUUUGCCCCCUUUUUUUUUUGCUUGCCAACAAGUGGUAUUCUAUGGUGCUAAAGCAUUUAGUUUGUAUGCCAUGACUCUUAACUCAGCCUUUGCUAUGGACUGAAUUCAUUAUGCCUUUUUCUGGGGAAAGCUUUGUGCUAUUUACCAUCCUGCAACCACAUAGUAGCGUUUUGACAGUUAGAGCAUUUUGUCAUACCACUUUGUCAUUUACCAUUAAUGACCCAUUUCAGCAUCUCCUGUACAUACAAGUGUCAUCCACGCAAAUAAGCUAAAGUCUGUAUUUUCAGUGGAAUACUCGUACAGAUGCUACAGAGAUAUCACUGCAACCACCACCACCACCACCAGCAGCAUGUGGGUGAAGGCCACAUACUGGAGGAGGCACGAACAAAUCAUCCAGCACCCAACUAACGCAUGGAAAUCUCCGAAACGUAGGAAAAGUGAAAUGCAUUUUUAAGCACUAAACUGGAAGUUUCAUUUGUAAUAUUUUUUUCUUCUUCUUCUUCUUCAGUGUAGUCUCUUUUGAAGAAGUAACAUAACACAGAAGAACACUGAAAUCUCGACUCAUUCUUUACUACAGUUUGUAACUGUAUCUUUUUGCUGUGCAACUCGAGCUUGUGCUCGGACUGAAGAAGUGGGUGGAUGCCAUGUAGGAGAAAGAUGCCUGCUUUAUAAAAUUACUCCAGGGACAUCGUGCUCCUCCUGGCUGUUUACUAGUGUUUUUUGGGGGGAAAAAUAAAAAAUUCUCUUAGCAGUCCUCUAAAGCUACGACUUUAUUUCAGUCUUUCAGUGCAAUGGGUUGUGUUACCUUUUUAUAAUGCCUUGGCUUUCCAUGAGCUUAAGGAGGGGAAAUGUUGAUCUGCAGAUUUUUCAAAGCUGUCGACCAUUUUUAACUCCACCACGAGCUGUACAGUGUCUUGUUGGAACAAAUGUGAGUCUUUGUCACUCUUAUCUCUUGAGAGUUUGUGUGUUUUGUCAGUUUUUUUUUUUUUAUGACAGAAUGGCAAACAAUUAUCUUUAUUUUAGACCAUGUCACCUGAUAAUAUUAUAUCUAUGAUAAAUUGUCUUUUGCUACACUUGUGUAAAGAGCAUUUCCAUUAAUAAUUUGUUUUGAUAUUUAACAGAUUCCUGUGUAAUAGCGCAUUUAACUCAGUUUUUAUUGUUGACUUAAAUUAGUUGUUUUAAUGUCAGCCUUUUUUGAAUUGUGCAUCUUUGAAGACUGUAUGGGCAUUCUCUUGCUUUUUGUUGCAAAGUGGUCACGACGAUGCAUUACUUUAUGGUGGUAUACCAGCUAUUGUGUUUUAAUUUUGUGUUUGUAGAGUAUUCUUAUACCAGUGUCAUUACACAGGAAUCAGGGUCUCGCUACACGGUAGGGGAAAAAAAAAUGAAAAGAUAAGAAACUGCAUAUCAGUAUUCUUAAGUGUAUUUUAAGGAAGGACAACAUGCCAGAAAUGAAAUAAAUAAAUAAACAGACAUUGAAAUCUUAAAA